AUGUUCGGCUUGAAGAAAAACGCGGUAAUAGGACUCAACCUCUACUUGGGGGCGGGGCCCGGGUUGGGUACCGGCGGCGGUGCCUCCACGCCUGGAGGGCGACUUUCGACUUCUGGAAAGGAGGCCUCGACCCACAGAGAGGUAGGGGCAGGGGAAGCCGGCGCGGUAAGUGGCGGAAGCGCCGGCGAGAACCCCCGGGCCGCUCCUCUCGUGCCAAAGGGCCUGAGGGUCGCGCGGAAGGCGCCCAUUGGCGCUGAAGGCCCCGACGUCACCGCGACCCCCGCGAGGCCGACGUUCUUUGCGGCCACUCGCCGCGCGUCGCCUGAGGAGAUGGAAGCCUUGGCCGCCGACGCCAUCAUGUCGCCCGAAGAGGAGCUGGACGGGUACGAGCCGGAGCCACUCGGGAAGCGGCCGGCUGUGCUUCCUCUGCUGGGGCGGGUCGGGGAGGCCAGUAAUGUCCCCGGUACGGACGGGUCACUACCUUCGACGCCCCCAGAACUGGAGGAAGAGGAU